AUGUCGCAAAACGUAGCUGUUGUUACCGGUUCGAAUAAGGGGAUAGGUUUUGCAAUAGUUAAGCUGUUGUGUCAGAGAUACGAUGGGGUCGUGUACUUGACGUCGCGAGAUGAGAAGCGAGGGAGAGAUGCUCUGGAAGAACUCAACCAGCUUGGGCUCUACCCCGAAUACCACCAGCUGGACGUGACCGAUAGGGAGAGUGUUAUCAAGUUCAGAGAUCAUAUCAAAAAUAAACACAACGGUCUCGACAUUCUUAUCAACAAUGCAGGGAUGGUCAAUAAUUAUAGUGUAAUUAAAAAAGGCUAUCAAGAGGAUAAAAAUAUUAUCGAAAUCAAUUAUAAAGGUGUACUUACUAUUCAAGAACUAAUUUUUCCAUUGAUUAGGAACACUGGGCGUGUACUAAACAUAUCAAGUGACUGUGGUCAUUUGUCUAAUAUUAGAAAUAAAUAUUGGAUUGACAGACUCUCUCGUAAAGACUUGACGGUUGAUGAUAUAAACGAAUUUGUAGAAUGGUUUCUAGAAUCUUCUAAAAAUGGAACUUUUAAUAAAGAAAAUAUAGUCGAUAAUGGAAGUAUUGCUGCUUACAGAGUCUCCAAGGUCGCUUUAAGUGCUUUGACUAUUAUUCAACAAAGGGAGCUUGAGGAUCGGAAUAUUUCAGUGAACUCCAUGCACCCUGGCCUCGUGCGGACAGACAUGACAGUCGGCAUCGGGAUGUUCACAGCUGACGAAGCGGCCGAGACUCCUGUCUACUUAGUCCUUGAUGCUCCUCAAUCGUUGAAGGGUGCCUACGUAUGGUACGACCGCCGAGAGCUCGACUGGUACGACAUCAAAGCAGAUUAUUAUUUUACUAUGUCGUUCGCUCGUAGUUGGAUCUUUGCAAGUAUGUUUGCUAAGUUCAAAUACUAUUUAGGGAAAAUUUUAGGAUGG